AUGCAAUUGUCGGAACCCCUAAACCACCCUGACAAGGGCCUCAGGCCCGUCAGAGUCGCCAACUGCUCCGGUGCCCAGCUGGACCCGGGCUGGCAGAUGAAGAAGCAGGCCGAGCUCGGGCAGGUCGACUUCAUCACAGGCGACUGGCUGGCCGAGAACAACCUGGCCCAGGAGGCCGAGUCCAUGGCCGCGGGCACCGGCGAGGGCUUCAAGGCCAACGCAUGGGAUGCUCUGCAGCAGAGCAUCGACGUCAUCGCGCAAAAGGGCAUCCGGGUCGUCAUCAACGGCGGCGGCCUCGGCGCAAAGGCCCUGGCGGUUCGCUGCCAGCAGCUCGCAACCAGCAAGGGCCAUCAAGUCAGGGUGGCUUUCGUGUCCGGGGACGACAGGCUGGAGGACGUCCGCCGUUGGACCUCGCAGCAAGGGAAGCUCCCCUUGUACUUCCACCAGGAUGUUGAUGUUCAGGGCAGCACCCACGCCUGGGGCGGCCCGGAAAAGAACCCGCUCCUGGCCUGUCGCGCCUAUCUCGGGGCACGGGCUAUUGUCGACGGUCUGAGCAACGGCGCCCAGAUUGUCAUUUGCGGCAGGGUGGCUGAUGCUUCACCCGUCAUCGCCGCGGCGUGGUGGUGGCAUGACUGGGCGAGCACCAACUACAACGAGCUGGCUGGGGCUUUGGUUGCAGGGCACCUCAUCGAGUGCUCUGGCUACGUGACGGGCGCCAACUUCUCCGGAUUCCACAGGUAUCCCCUGGACCGCUUUGUCGAUGUCGGAUUCCCCAUUGCAGAGAUCGACGCCGACGGAACGUGCGUCAUCACCAAGCACCGAGGCACCAACGGCAUGGUCACCGAGGACACGGUGCGGUGCCAGCUUCUCUAUGAGAUUCAGGGCAACGUCUAUCUCAACAGCGAUGUGAAAGCUAUCCUGGAUGACAUCGAGAUAGUGGCUGCCGGCGAGGACCGCGUCAGGGUCAGUGGCGUUGUGGGCCGCCCGCCGCCCCCGACGACGAAACUGUCCAUCUUCUACAAGGGAGGCUUCGAGGCCGAGUUCCUCACAAACGCCGGUGGAUAUGCGACGAGCAAGAAGUACCUCCUGUACGAGCGACAGAUGAGAUACCGCAUCGCCGAGGCUGGGCUGCAGGACGCGUUUGACGUGAUUGACUUCCAAGUAGUCGGCAAGCCACAGGAUGACCCUCAGAGUCAGCUGGAAAGCACAACAUACUGCCGCACUUAUGUGCAGGCGCUUACCCAGGAGCCUCUCCUGGCGUUCCGCAAGAUGAUCCAGAAUGAGUCCAUGCAGCACUUCUCAGCAGCAGGUCGCUAUCAACCGCAGGACUCGAGAACGGGCAACCCGAAACCCUUCUACGUCUACUAUCCGUCCCUCGUACAGCAGAAUGACCUGCAUGAGGCCGUGCACUUCUUAGACGCCAGUGGCGAGGUAAUUCAGACAGUGGAGUCUUCACCAUUGGCUCAAUCUGAACCUGUUGAACCACGCGUGAGCUACGAUUCACCAUCGCCGGUGUCUCUGGCGUCUAUGGGCCCAACCGUCUCCAUGCCUCUAGGUAAUUUAGCACUGGGCAGAUCCGGCGACAAGGGACCGAAUCUGAAUUGCGGGCUAUUCGUUCACACGGCUGAGGUGUGGGACUGGUUCCGCUCCUACAUGACCAUUUCCACUUUCCGGGGACUCAUCGGCCGCGACUGGAAAGAUUCAUAUAGCAUUGAGAGAGUGGAGUUUCCCAAGAUUUACGCGGUACACUUUGUCAUCUAUGGAAUUCUAGGGCGCGGCGUUAGCAGUUCUACGCUGUUGGACUCGAGAGGCAAAGGGUUUGCGGACUAUAUACGAGCGAAGAGGGUUCCUAUCCCCCAGCGGUUCGUACCUUACUGCUGGGAAGAAGAUUAG